AUGCGGACCCGGAACAUCUCCCUGUAUGUGGAGCUGGCGUGUAACAGUCUUUUCGGAGCGGGAAAGGGAUCCAUGAUUGCAGCACCUGACCCAGACAGGAAGUACUCUGUCCAGAAGGCUGAGCUUGUGGUGUUUAAGCAGGAAGUCAGGGAGCUGCUGACCGAUUUGGAGAUGCUGGUUGACAUGGUCAAGUUGCUGGGUGAGGGGGAACAGCGAGGGUACCAGGCUCUGUUCACAGCCAAUGAGAUGGUGAACCUGUGUGAGCCGACCAAUCCCAGCUCAUUUCCUGCGGCUCGAAGUCUGGCUCAGAAGUUCUUCAGCCAGAGGAAUGGAGACAGCCAGCACACUGUCCACGCUAUGGGACACUGCCACAUUGACUCAGCCUGGCUGUGGCCCUAUGAGGAGACCAUUAGGAAGUGUGCCAGGAGCUGGGUGACUGUGAUCAGACUGAUGGAGAAGAACCCUCACAUGGUCUUCACCUGUUCACAGGCUCAGCAGUUUGACUGGGUGAAGAGCUGGUAUCCAGGCCUGUUCUCUCAGAUCCAACACUACGUUAAGAAGGGACAGUUCAUCCCUGUCGGAGGCACCUGGGUGGAGAUGGAUGGAAACCUGCCGUCAGGUGAGUCCAUGGUCAGACAGUUCCUGGAGGGACAGCGAUUCUUCAAGCAAGAGUUUGGAAACUACUGCAAAGAGUUCUGGUUGCCUGAUACGUUUGGCUACUCAGCCCAGCUCCCCCAGUUGAUGCAGGGUUCAGGCAUCACACGAUUCCUGACUCAGAAACUCAGCUGGAACCUCGUAAACACCUUCCCGCACAACACCUUCUUCUGGGAGGGUCUGGAUGGUUCUCAGGUUCUGACACACUUUCCCCCAGGGAACUCUUAUGAGAUGAAGGGGAAGGUGGAGGAUCUGGUCAACACUGUGAAGAACAACAAGGACAAAGGACGAGCCAAUCACAGUGCAGCACUGUUUGGUUUUGGAGACGGAGGAGGAGGGCCCACCCAGCUGAUGUUGGACAGACUGGACAGGGUCCAGGACACAGACGGACUGCCUCGGGUCCAGAUGUCCAGCCCUGACCGGCUCUUCUCUGAGCUUGAGGCGGACUCCUCUCUUCUGUGUACCUGGACUGGAGAACUAUUUCUUGAACUACAUAACGGAACCUACACCACACAGGCACAGAUCAAGCUGGGGAAUCGUCAGUGUGAGACCUUGCUCCAUGACGUUGAGGUGGCCAGCAGCUUGGCUCUGUGUCUGGACAAGACGUUUCAGUAUCCCUCCCAACCGCUACGAAUCCUCUGGAGGUAA